GGAAGCAAUCAAGCAAGGUUAUAGUACUAAAUUCUUUUCGUCUUCUCUGCUCUUAGCAUCUCUUCCUCCUCCUCUGUUCAUCUCCUCCAUCCACACAGUCUAGGUAGCACGGCAAUGGCAAUGGCCAUGAACAGUGUGCUGGUGCUGAUGCUCGGGCUCGCAAUGGCGGCGACAUCGUCGGCGGCGGUCUACAAGGUCGGCGACACCUCCGGCUGGACCAUCCUCGGCAAUGUCAAUUACACUGACUGGGCUGUCAAGAAGACCUUCCAUGUUGGGGACACCAUAGAGUUCAAGUACCCGCAGGGGAUUCACAACGUGGUGGAGGUGAAGAAGGCGGACUACGACAGCUGCACCAACUCGUCGCCGAUCGCCACGCACACCUCCGGCGACGACAAGAUCGCCAUCAAGGCCGCCGGCCACCGCUUCUUCAUCUGCGGCGUCCCCGGCCACUGCGCCGCCGGCCAGAAGGUCAACAUCCGCGUCCUCAAGCCACAGCGCUCCUCCUCCUCUGACGCCCCUUCCCCGGCGCCCGCCGCCUCCAAGCGCGGCGCCGCCGCCGCGCCGUCCCCCGCCGUCUCGUCGUCGCCGCCGGAGUCCUCCUCCCCCACCACGGACAGCUCGUCCUCCUCCACGACCACCGCUCCGGCGCCCAACGCCAGCGCCGCCGCCGGCGGCGGCGGCGCUAAGGCGGCCUUCGCUGCCGUGGCGUUGGCGCUGGUCGCCGCCACGGCGAUGCUACAGUAGAAUCAAUUUCGAUAUAUGAUCCAGUGUUCGUAUGCAUUGAUCGAUGCAUCUAUCUCCGGUUGAUGAUUCUCUCUCUCUCGCCAUGAUCGAUGCAUCUAUCUCCUGUCGAUUCUUUCACCGUGGUUUGUGUUGAUUUUUGAUUUCUUGAUCGAUUUCAGAUAUAUGUGGAUUGUGUUCAGACAC